AUGACAAAAAAACAACAGACACAUCAUCACCAACAACAACAACAACAACAAUCGAAUGGAAUAUUCGAUAUAAUAGAUAGGAAUAUAUGGGUAUUUGUAUUUUUGAUGAUUAUCUUUAGAUGUAUAAAUUCAUUGUUGAUCAAUACAUUCUUUGAUCCCGAUGAAUACUGGCAGAGUCUAGAGGUGGCACAUCAAACUGUUUUUGGAUAUGGUUAUCUUACUUGGGAGUGGUCUGCAAAGAUCAGAAGUUUCUUACAUCCAAUGCUAUUUGCUAUCGUCUAUAAAUUGUUGUUACUCUUCAAACUAGAUACACCCUACGCUGUUAUUAUAGUACCAAAAUUGUUACAAGGUAUAGUUGCAGCUGUCGGUGAUAUCUAUCUUUAUAAACUAAGUAAAGCAAUCUUUGGAAAAGAAUGUGCAAAAUGGACUCUUAUUAUCAACCUUAUUAAUUGGUAUACAUUUGUAUGUAUUGUUAGAACCUAUUCGAAUUCAAUUGAAACUGUUUUGUUUGUAAUAUCACUUUACUAUUGGCCAUUACCUGGUAAAACUCAACCAAGUGAAGCCAACUACAAGAUAUUCAAUAAUGUUCAAAUAUCAGUGAUAUUGACAUCGUUUGCUUUCAUCAUUAGACCUACCACUGCCAUUAUGUGGUUGUAUUUGGUACCUUUGUAUCUCUAUAGUAAUAUCAGAUCGUUGAAACAACUGUUAUUGUUUGUGUUUAGAGAUGUGUUGUUGGUGGCAGUCUGUGUCUUGACGAUAUCGAUCUACGUUGACUAUCUAUUCUAUCAUGAGAUUACACUGGUACCGUUCAACUUUCUCUACUUCAAUGUGAUAAAGAACAUCUCUGCGCUCUAUGGCACACAUCCAAUAUGGUGGUAUUUCGUCGCUGGAUUCCCAACGAUUGCCUCUGCAGUGCUUCCGUUGUUUGCAUACGGUGUCUAUCGUCUGUGGUCACUCCAACAGAAAGACGUACCUAAUCGGCUGCAUCUCGCCUACUGCGCAAUGUCAACGAUUGCUCUCUACAGUCUGCUGGCACACAAAGAGUUUAGAUUCAUCUUCCCGAUACUGCCUCUCGCUGUGAUGUAUGCCGGUCUUGCCGUUGCAUCACUCAAAGUGAAGUACCCACAGAGCAAUCUCUACAAGAUCGUCAUUGGUUCGUUCAUCGUAAUCAACAUCCCACUGAUCGUAUUCUUCUCGAACAUCCACCAAAAGUCACCGAUCGACGUGAUACACUAUAUCAACUCUGAAGUGUCGCCACUCCACCAGUCACCCAACGCCAACGCAUCGAUACACUUCCUCACAUCGUGUCAUGCCACACCCUAUCAAUCAUAUAUUCACAAUCCAUAUUUAGAAUUGAAAAUAUUAGAAUGUCCACCACCAGUAUUCACAGAAAAAGACUUAUUCUUUUAUAAUCCACAGAUGUACUUGUUGAAAACGUAUGCGGUUGACGGUGAUCUAACACUUGAACAGUAUCAGUCACAAAAUUCAUUCAUCAUAGAACCACACAAACUGAAACUACCCAACUAUUUCGUUGUUAGAGAUGACGUUUUAAAUGAUUUCACUCAAAGCUGGCUUGGUCAUCAUUAUCAACAGAUGCAAACAUUUGGUUCAGCACUUGAUGUGACGAGUUAUUUAGUAUUAACAGCAGUAAUAAUUGUCAAUAUACCAAAUAAUCCAUUCCAACAACAAGCUCAGCAACAGUAUCAACUUCAACAACAACAACAACAACUACAACAAGCUCAACAGCAAGCCCAACAACAAUACCAGCAGCAACAAGCCCAACAACAACAACAACAACAAAUCCAACAACACCAACUUGAUACCGCUCCAUUAAAGAGAUCAAGAUUAAACAAUGCCCAGGUCAAUGUCACCAGAUCAUCAGAUUACUCUUAUUUCAACAAUAUUCAGUCACCAAUUUCGAAUAUAGUAUCAAAUUUGGAUAAAUAUAAGCCUACCAUUAAGAAACAACCAGCUCAACCAAUCGUUUUUAAUUCAGAUGCAAAAUCACAUAUCAACAACAUCAACAACAACAACAAAAAUAUUUUAAAUAGUAACAACAAUAAUAAUGAAAACAGUAACAAUAAUAAUAAUAACGAUAAAAAACUUUUUUCUUUGGAGGAGGUCAGAGAGAUUUUAAAGAAAGCAUUGGAAGAACACGAAGCCAAACUACGUAGAGAAUACGAGGAUAUAGUACAACAGAAGCUCUUAGAACAAUUCCACAGUUUUUCACAAUACAACGAGAGUUAUAUUUCCAGACAAAUUAGAGAAAGCGAAUUCAGCUAUAUGUCUUGA